AUGGUCCCUCCAGCACUGGCUGAUAUUGGCAUGAUCGAGCUGCUCGAAUGCGAUCCAAGGCCGACAUUCAUCCUUGACCUCGAGCGCACUCAGGAUCCCUCUAAUGAGUGUCUACACACGGUCUUCUCCAAUGCAUCCCUUCAGCGCCUUCCCCGUAUAUUAAAUCCGGUGCAAGUGAGCAAAGACGUUCCGGCGGACGAUGAUGAGCUAGGGACAUACUCGCAGUUCAAGGAUUGGGCAACUAGCCUCCCUACAUAUGUCCACACAACGGACGACCUUCCACCUCCAUUCGAGUAUCAGAGUCUGUUGUGGACCGGCUCAACACUGAAGAAGAGAUGGCGCAUAAUUAGCAGUUCCGCAAUUGGUUUCAAGGACACUUCCGCAGGCUCGUUCCCAAGUCCUCCUGCUGGGUCGCAGAGGAAAGCUCACGGCAUGAACACCGGGUCAAGGGGUCUUCCGGCAAGAAAAGAGAAUGGGAAGCUUCAGGCAGGCAUGCAUCCUACAUGGGUCGACGACCUGCCAAUAAGCGAACACGUUCAGUUUUUCAAAAGCACGGAUUGGUCGUCUACGGCACUUGGGCCUCUGGACACUUGGUCUGGCUGUCUUAGACAGAUGACGCGCCUCCUGAUGUCCGAUUCUCGCGGUGCCUGCAUAUUCUGGGGCCCACAGCGGGCAGUGUUGUACAAUGAGGCAUACAUAGCUGUGGCGAGUAGGAAGCAUCCGGGGUUAAUGGGCGCAACCUUGGAAAGAGCUUGGGCCGAAGUCGCCAAGGAUCUCGAACCGGUCUUCCUCACCGCCGAGCGACUGGGACGCGCAACGUCUAUGGAGGACACCCCUUUCUACCUCCAAAGACAUGGCUACCUUGAGGAGACCUUUUUUUCAUACAAUUUGAUACCUGUUCGAGCCGAAAAUGGAAAGACCGAAGGGUUCUAUAAUGCCGCUUUUGAGACGACAAGGCAGAAUAUAUGGGAGCGCAGGACAUCUACCCUCCUCUCCAUCGUUAGUGCCCCUGAUAUGGCUUCAUACUGGCGCGAAGUAUUGAAGGGAUUCGAAUCGAACGAGCGCGAUAUACCAUUGGCAGUGAUCUAUUCUCUUGACAGUGAUAUGCAUGACGAGGCUCCAACUUCGAUCAUCCACCUGCAAGCAGCUCUAGGUGUAGUGGAAGGCCACCCCCUGGCACUGAAGCGCGCGGACCUGACCCAAGGUAGCGAGACGAUUCUACCACUUUUGAGGAAGACCAUCUCGGCCAACUGUCCAAAGGUCUUCCAGCGAGAUAAUGGGAGUCUGCCCGAAUCAUUGCUCCACGGAAUCGAGUGGCGAGGCUUUGGCGAACCGUCGAACACUCUAGCUGUCCUACCUCUUACUGCUGGAGAAGAAACCUUAGGGUUUCUGCUGAUGGGGCUGAACCCACGAAGAGCGUACGAUGAUGAUUAUGCCGGAUUCAUACAGCUACUAAAUCGGCAAUUGUCAACGUCUCUGACAUCGGCCGCGCUGAUGGAGCAGGCUAGACGCAAGCAGGCUGAGCUGUCCAAAGACUUGGCCGAGGGGGAAUCCCGGUUCAAAACUUUGACUGAGCUCAAUGCUGGGGGCCUAUUCUACAUUAGCCCUCGUGGGGAAGUUCUGUACGCAAAUGAUACAUGGGUAAGACUUCUCAUGACAGGGCUCUCCAGAGAUGAGCACUCAGAGAUGGCGUUCAUGGGUAUCAUCAUGGAAGAAGACCGUCCAUACGUGGAACAAGAAUGGUACAACAUGAGCGAGCUAAAACUGAAACGCACCUUUGAGGUACGACUCACACACAAGUGGCACCACAAGGAAAGCGGCACCUGGAAGAACAAAUGGAUUCUGGCUUCCUGCGGCCACGACGAGAACGAAGAUGGAUCUCUCAAAAGCGUGAUGGGAAGUGUUACUGACAUCAGUCUUCUGAAACAAGCCCAAGAAGACGCUUUAGAGCGCGCGGCGCUUUCCGAAAAGCUCGCUCAGUCGCAAAAAGAUGCGAACGAAAUACAAGUACGCAGCAGGAUAGAGGCAGAAGAGGCGAGAAAGAGCAUGGAAAAAUUCAUGGACAUUACAAGCCAUGAGAUGCGUAAUCCCCUGAGCGCUAUUCUGCAGAGCGCGGAUGGCAUCGCCGCUUCACUUCUGGAGUUCCGAGCCUCAUCGAAGACGCCAAUUUUCUCGGAUGAGCUUGUAGAAAGCAACCUCGAGGCCAUCCAAAUCAUAAGCCUCUGCGCACAACACCAAGGACGGAUCAUCAAUGACGUUUUGACGCUUUCGAAACUCGACUCGGCAAUGUUGCUAGUAUCACCAACCCUGACCCAGCCUCCAGUCGUUGUCAAAGGAGCGUUGAAGAUGUUUGAAGGGGAGCUUGUGUCCCAUGGCAUCGAGCUUGCAUUUUCUUUUGAGGAAUCGUACAAGCGCUUCGGGAUUGACUGGGUGAUGAUCGAUCCGUCUAGGGUAACGCAAAUCCUCGUCAACCUCAUGACUAACGCCAUCAAAUUUACGAAAUCCCGAGAGAAGCGCGAGAUAAAGGUGUCAAUCGGAGGGUCAGUCAACAAGCCUCCUGGCACCGAACGAGUCAAUCUCGAGUGGUUUCCAUCCAGAGGUAUUGACUCGAAGAAAGACUUGACACUCGAUCGUGAAUGGGGGGAGUAUGAGCCCCUCUUUGUCUACUUCGCUGUAGAAGACACUGGUCAAGGCUUGAGCAGCGAGGAGAAAACCCGCCUGUUCCAUCGUUUCGCGCAAGCGAACCCACGCACUCACGUGAAGUAUGGAGGUUCGGGACUCGGUCUUUUUAUUUCGCGCGAGCUUACCGAACUGCAUGGUGGCGAAAUUGGUCUUUACUCUGAGGCCGGAAAGGGUAGCACCUUUGCAUUCUACGUUAAAGGAAGAAGAGCGUCACCACCAGCCGAGAAAGCGAUGCAGCAGCUUGAGACCCAGUCUGCAGAAUGUCGGACAGCUUCGCCGAUCAAACCUCAAAGAUCGCAGACAGACGUGCCAACUAAGGUAGCAAGUCAGUCUGUAACAUAUAGUAGCCAGAACAAGGGAGACUCGGAGAGUUUUCAAGUCUUGCUUGUCGAGGAUAAUCUGGUCAACCAGAAAGUUCUUUGUAAACAGCUACAGAAAGCGGGAUGUACCGUGCACGUCGCGAACCAUGGACAAGAAGCACUGGACUUCAUGCAAAGUUCCAAUCUGUGGACAAAUAACCCUGGUGGCAAAGCUGUUGAUGUUGUCCUUAUGGAUCUUGAGAUGCCAAUAAUGGACGGACUCACGUGCGCCCGACGAAUCAGGGAGUUGCAGGGCAAGGGUACCUUGAUCAGACACGUCCCGCUCAUUGCUGUGACGGCCAAUGCACGUAAGGAGCAGAUCGAGACUUCACUGGGUGCGGGAAUGGACGAUGUUAUGCCGAAGCCUUUCCGAGUAUCGGAGCUGCUUACCAAGAUGAAAGCGCUAAAGCUGCCGGAAUAA